AUGAAAAAGAUAAUAGGGAUACUUGCUUUUAGUUUUCUCAUCAAAUCGUUAUUGUUCUGGGGAUAGUAAAUAACAAUUAGUUUAAGCACAGAUUUCGAAGUGCACAGAAAUUGAAUGGCAAUCACCUAUAAUCUCCCUCUGUCCAAAUGAUACUAUGAAGUAAAGUUGAUUAGGCAACAUCAAUCUGAACAAUGGAUUAUCCACCGGUUUUCGCAUAUUUCGAAAAAAUGUUGAGUGCAAUUGCAAGCUUCUUUGAUAAAAAGAUGCUAGAAAUUUCAUCAGCAGGCUAUAUCUCUACAAAUACUAUUGCCUAUCAAAGAGCUACUGUAAUUUUCUCUGAGUUAAUUCUUGCUUACAGUGUUUAUAUUUAUUCAAAGCCACGGACUCUUUUAUCUGGAUUAAUUCUAUUGAACCCUGGACUUAUUUUUGUUGACCGUAUUUUCUAAUUAGACAUUCAUUUUCAAUACAAUGGAGUUAUGAUAGGAAUGCUAAUUUUAUCUAUUUAUUUUAUGAAUAAAGAAAAAUAUAUAGAAUCAUCUAUUAUUUUUACUAUACUUUUGCUUAUGAAGCAUAUUUUUCUUUAUUUUGCUCCUGCUUAUUUUUUGUUUUUACUAAAACACUACUGUUUUAAGCCAUAUUUCCAGCCCUCAAAAAUAAUUAAGCUUGGAAUUUCAGUUCUAGCUACCUCAGCUGUCAUUUUAUUCCCAUUUAUGCAGCACCUCCCACAGAUUUUAUCGAGGCUAUUCCCAUUUGGACGAGGACUGACCCAUGCCUACUGGGCUCCAAAUAUUUAUUCCUUGUAUAAUACUUUUGAUGCAGUUUUAAACAUAAUUGUCAAUAAGAAAUUAAAAACUGAGUACAUGCAAGGAUUGGUGCAGGUUUGUAAUCAUGCAGUUCUAUUUAAUAUUACUCCCAUGAUUUCAUUCAUUUUACUUGGAAUUGGGCUAUUUUUUGUAGGAAAAUAUAUUUGAAAAUAUUCAGGAGAAAAAGAUUUUUGUAUCUCUGCUUGCAUUUGCUGCUUGACCUUUUUUAUGUUUGGGUGGCAUGUGCAUGAAAAAGCUAUUUUAAUGGUAUCCCUGCCAAUUAUGUAAUUUAUAUACAGACUUAUCUCAAAAGACUACCCCAAAUAUGCAUUUCUUCUUAACUUUUUUGGAAACUUCAGUUUAUUUCCCUUAAUUUUUACCCCACUUGAGGAGCCAUUCCUUUUGAUAUCAUUUCUCCUCUUUACAAUUUCUUUUACCUUAUUACUAGAUAUUUCAGCACUACUGCGCUAUGAAAAAAUUUACCUUUACUUUUCCUCAAUAAUCUACUUCAUAUAUUUAUUUUUCAACAAAAUCACAAAAAAUGACUCCUAUAUUCCUCUUUUAUCUAUGUCUGUAAUUUUCAUUUAGAUUUACUGCGGAAUUGGGAUCUCAUAUAUUUAUUUCUCUCUCUUAAAAUCACUACUUUCACAGAAAAACAAAAAAGAUUAA